GUUUUUGUCCUGUGCGGACCUUGAUACUCGUCAGCCUCUGACGAGGCGUGAGCACCAGCGUCUGUUGCGCAAUGUGCCCUAUCAUAGUGAUAGUAUCAUGGGAAUGCUGGCUGCGGCGCACACGGCGGUCCUAUCAUUGGUAUAUAUUGCCGACCGUCGAGCGUUCCCCCUCAGUUCGCCCUUCUCAUCGCACUACUUGAUGGACUAUUGAUUAUUGGCGAUUACUCACGAUAUCAUGGGUUUGGACCAACUCGAGACAAAACUUGGUGAUCUCCCACUCCCCAGUGGCCAUGGCUAUCAGCCUGGCCCAAACCAACAACGGCGAUCUUGGCGACAUGCGGCCGUACUUCAGUCGAUCAUCGUAUUGGCGAUCGUCUACGGCAUCCAUAUCGCUCUUUCGGAGCGUUUGCCUGCUUCUCUGCAGCUCUACGAGUCCCCAACCGUAGCAGACUUCGACUGGCACUCGCUCACACCAUCCGAGAGUAUCAACUGGACGCCUUGCUUCGAUGAAUACCAAUGCGCGCGUCUUCUCCUGCCCCUCGACUAUCUAUCACCCGCUGGGUAUGGCCCCAAUGUGACCAUUACGUUGCAAAUGCUGCCUGCAACAGACCCUGCGAACUUGAGGGGCACGAUUCUGAUCAACCCUGGUGGCCCCGGGGGGUCCGGAACUGACUUGGUCAGAAGCAAGGGCAAGGACAUCAUGCGUAUCUCAGGCGGGUUGUAUAACGUGCUUGGCUUCGACCCGCGCGGCACUGGCGCCAGCACGCCCUCUGCGCAGUGCUUCGACUCGGAUUCCCAAUACAAGAUUUGGACGCUCCAGGCCGGUCACCAGGCAUUGAACUUGAGCGAUGGAUCUGUUCCGAUUGCCCGUGGACGCGAGAUAGCACUCGGCCGCAAAUGCGAGGAAGCCCUCGGCGGAGUCGGCAAAGAAGAUGCGAAUGGGACCGCGGAGGAAUGGGGUCCGGGAAGAUUCAUGAGCACCCCGAGUGUCGCUACGGACAUGCUGCAGAUCAUCGAGAAGCUCGGAGAGGAGAAAUUGAAGUAUUGGGGCUUCAGUUAUGGCUCGGUCCUUGGUCAGUACUUCUCGGCCAUGUAUCCCGACAAGGUCGAGCGUGUUGUGAUCGACGGCGUCUUUGACGCUCAUAACUACCGUAACACGUCUUGGAACUCCAACCUGCUCGACACGGAUGCAGUCUGGGCUUCGCUGUACACUUUCUGCCAUCAGGCUGGCCCCUCGAAGUGUCCUCUGUACGAAGACACUGUUGAGGCGAUCCAAGUCAGGGUGGAAGCCAUCCUCGGAGGCCUCAAGGAGCACCCGAUUGCUGUUCCUUUCGCUCCUGCUGGCCCUUACGUCCUGACUUAUAAGGCAGUUCAUUACAACGCCUUCCGCUCUGCCUAUAGCCCCACGAAGCUGUAUGCACCCCUCGCGGAUACGCUUUUGGCCAUAGAGCAGAAUAACCAGACCGCCUUGGAGGGCAUGGAGGAGAAGUUCGGUGCAGGCGUGAAGUGCAAGUGCGACGACCCUCCACCAUGGGAGCUGGACCACCAGGCGUUCUAUGCGAUCGCCUGUGGCGACGGCGAGCCAGUGACCUACUCAGAUGAAGGGUACCGCGACUGGUUCGAGGACCUCGCAGCCACGUCUAGCUUCGGCUCGCCGUACUGGGGCAAGAUGUAUCUACGCUGCUCAUCAUGGCGCAUCCGGCCGAAGUGGCGAUACACCGGGCCGCUCGCGGCUGCGAACACGUCCCAUCCUCUGCUCAUCGUCUCGCCGAGGUACGACACGGUCUGCCCGCUGAGCGACGCGAAACGCGUGCAUGAACGCUACUCCUCGGGACUCCUGAUUCAGAACUCGUACGGCCACUGCUCGUUGGCUGCCCCGUCGCUCUGCACGGCGAAGCACGUACGUGCAUAUUUCGAGAACGGCACGUUGCCGGACGAGGGGACUGUAUGUGAAGUGGACGAACUGCCCUUUGUCGGCACAAUUCAUGGAGAAGUGGAUGCCAUGUCGGCGGAGGACCGGGAGCUACUCGACGCGUUCAGGAGUCUGGGCGAAGCUAUCCCGAUGACGGGAGCGCUCUAACAGGUUGGAAUAAUCUGGCCACAAUGUGACAGGAUGUUGAGAAAGCGCUUCGUGUUUCUUGUGUUGUUGCGUUUGAUCUUUGAGAAGAGCGGAGAGCAUACCAAGUUAGAAGCUACGCGGGCGUCCAGGCUGAAUGGGGGAGAGGUAGCUCAAGCGUAUGUUCUCAAAGAGCUGUUUCGAUCAAUUUCAGUCCAAUUGAAGACAUGUUUAUCACCGCGCCAUUCAACGUGCCGACUGUGUUUUUCGAUGUGCAUAGCUGUAUGAUGGCGUGCACCGUCACUUAAUCAGCCGAUGGUAGUGUCGACUAGGGCAUCGCCGAC